UGCUACGGUCGCGUGCAGCAAGAAGUGUUUUGCUGUGACGCUCAAGCCGCGAGUGCAAGAGUUCAGGUUAUUGCGAGAUUGUGCUCAAGGUUAUAUAGGUAGCUGUCGAGAAUAGCAGGCUGCUCCGUGAACGUCCGUUUCGAUCGCGAUAGCGGCUUUCCCAGAGAGCUCAGUUCGUGGCGAGCACACCGAGACGUCCUGUCGAAUUGUCGAAAUCCCUGAGCAAUGGAAGAAAUUUGUUGAUGUCAGCGUAAGACUCGGCUUGAUAUCAGGGCGAACGUCAACCUGGACGGCUCGUGUAGAGCAGCGGGCUUUUCGAUCGCAAGGCGGCGCUCGUGGUCGCCCGUCCCGGGAUUCACAUGCCUCGCUGGUGCAGAACGUUCACCCUUCUGACGGUCGGCGGCGUCAUCGGCGCCCUACUGGCCUACGCGGUGUACGUAUUAACGACGUCCCGACAGGAGCAAGUCAAAAAGCCGCACAUCAUCUUCAUACUCGCCGAUGACCUGGGUUGGGCCGACGUCAGCUUCCAUGGAUCUCCCCAAAUCCCGACCCCCAACCUGGACACGCUGGCCGCUGACGGAGUGGUGCUCAACAACUACUACGUGCACCCGACUUGCACAGCGUCGAGGGGUGCACUCAUGACCGGUCUCUACUCGACGCGAUACGGUCUGCAGCACAUACCAAUUCAACCGGGUGAACCGUACGGUCUUGACCUCAAGUACACCCUUCUUCCUCAGCAUCUGAAAAGACUCGGCUAUGAGACUCACCUCAUUGGAAAGUGGCACCUGGGCAGUUACCGCUACGAGUACACGCCUACCCGGAGGGGCUUCGACUCUUUCUACGGAUUUUACUACGGCCAUGAAGACUACUACACCCACAUGCUUCAUCACUCCCAGGAUGGAAGAGAAAUCUUGGGCCUCGACCUCUGGAACGGCACGGAUCCCGCAGAGGACGCCAUGGGACUCUACGGUACCGAUCUGUUCGCCGAGAAAGCAGUGCGCCUCAUCGAGAACUUGGACAAGUCCAAGCCUCAGUUCCUGUAUCUGAGCCACCAGGCGGCCCAUUCCGGAAACUAUGAUGAUCCACUUCAGUCGCAGAAAAAGAAUGUGGACAAGUUUCCUUACAUCGGUGAAAAGAACCGGACUAUCUACGCCGGAAUGGUUGACUCGCUCGACGAGGCCGUCGGAAGGGUGAUGCGAGCGCUGGGCGAAGCCGGCAUGCUGCAGGACAGCGUGAUCGUCUUCAGUUCGGACAACGGCGGCGUGCCCUGGGGCUACAUGGCCUCCCGUGGCAUCAACUGGCCGCUACGCGGGGCAAAGUCCUCACCGUGGGAGGGUGGUUCCAGAGCGGCCGCUUUCCUGUGGUCGCCGCUGCUAGACAAGAGUCGCAGGGUCUCUCAGCAACUUAUGCACAUCACUGACUGGCUGCCCACGUUCUACACACUUGCCGGAGGCUCGGUGAGCGACCUAGGACCACUGGACGGCAAAGACAUCUGGGCAGCGGUUUCUCGAGACGAGCCCUCACCGCGUUCCGACAUCGUCUACAACAUCGACCCUUUGUGGGACUAUGCAGCGGUACGGAGAGACAGUUUCAAGAUUGUCGUUGGCUCACAUAGCGGCGGCAAGUUCGAUCAGCAUUUCCCCAUCCCAGGUGGACAAGGGACAUCGCAGAAACUAAAUGGGCUUAUGGAAAGGAGCCUCGCCGCGGAGACACUGCGAGCCCUGUACAGCAAGCAGGAACUGGGCUUUGCUCCUGACUGGAGGGCCAACACCACGCUGAGUUGCCCGGAAGAACCCUGUGGCGACGAGUCGCGUUUCCAGUCAGCCGACAACGUGUUUCUCUUCGACUUGGACAAGGACCCGUGCGAAUGCAACAACCUGGCCCCCACGCACAAGCAGGUACUCGAUUCAAUGAGAAGGGCCUUGGAAGAGUACAGAGCGCAGACUGUUCCUCCUCUCAAGCCUGCUAUGGACCCGGCCUCAUUUCCCGAAAACCACAACGGGACAUGGGCCCCCUGGGUCGACUGAACGGACCCGAACUGCCUUGAAAAACUCGCCAAGUCGCCCACUCGUGCACAUCUUCACAUUUAGAGCCUUUUCAUUGCACCCGGUCGCGGUUAUCUUCCACGUCAUGCCACAGCUAGGACGCAGCUAGAGGCAGUCCAAACAUACUGAAGUGCUUCUGAAAAGAUCGCACAAAUAUGAUUGCUAAGGCAAUCAGGUUUCGGAGCCUUAUGGGACCUUAGUUGCUCCGCUGAUAGAAAGAAGGUGAAGCCUGUUUAAUAUAUUGCGAUGCGAAACGCUCCGACGAGGCAAAUGGUUCGUUUGACACGUCACUGCUGUCGCGCUGCCAGAUGGAUGGAUAAGGCUGGACCCUUUAAAUAGGGCGGCGGCUCACGUCACCUAGCCGUGACUAGUCGUCUAUUUUGCAUUUAGUGGAGGGUAAAAUUUCACUCUCGCCUUGAUUUUAGCCACCAAUCAGAUAACCUCUGUUUGGUUAUUUCUACGUACCCGCUUAGUCUAUUUUGCCUCCUCUGUCCCUAAACCCCGAUGCUUUGAAAAAAUCAGCCGGGUUGCUUUGAACUGAAGGGCGAAGCCCUUUACAGAAAACUAUCAGGUGCUUAGCGGUUUCCUCCUCCUCUCCACACGCACGUGUCUAUCCCUUGGUACUUGACUUGGUACGUCUUAAUCCACAAUACUCCCGUCCUGGCUUCAAACAACAGCUCCCCCUAUAAUUAUCGUAGAUACUUUUUUUGGCAAUUUCCUGCUUGAAAUUUCUAUAUGUACCCAGUGCUGAUUUUGUCUGCAUCCCUAUUUUCCCCGAGACCCCCCUCUGUUUCAUUAACAUUUUUAUUAACCGAUGAUUCUUGGUUUGCCCCCCCCUGCUGUCCAAAUAUUUGCUCAACAAUUUUCUGGUUCGCUUCCUCCAUUUUGUGUCAACAUUCCUCCUGUACAAGUAACUGAAAACUUUCCUAGCCCACCGCCUUCCCCCCAUUUCUCUGAAUCGCUCCUCAAAUUCUAUCUUGAGGCUAGCUUCCGUGCCCUCCAAUGAUGUCCAUCCCAUGUCACCCUGUACCCCCUGAUAUGGUGUAUUUCCGUGUGCUCCCAAAGCAAGCCUACCUACUGCAUGUUGCUUGAUUUCCAUCCUUGCUCAAACUUGUGAUCGCAUGCACAGGACCGCAUUGUUGAAAGACUAGGAACUAUCACCCCUUUCCAAAUCCCUCUCACCGCUUCAUACCUAUUGUAAUUCCACAGUGUCCAUUUUUCAUCACAGCUGCAUUCCUAGUACCUUUAGUCAUGACAUAUAUUUAAUGUUCUGUUGGGUACCCAGCCCCAUUGUUUAUUCACACCCCAAGAUAUUUGCACUUAUCUACUAUCCCCAGCGUAACCUCCUGUAUCCUAUGCUCACCGCCCUGACUAUCAUUAAAAAUACACACACACACACACAUAUAUGCCUCUAUCACGUGACUGGCUUCCCACACUUCACACACAUACUUUUUUUCCUUUUUUUUUUUUCCUUCGGCACUCCUAAUGCCAAUGCAAUAAAAUCGACUUUCCACAGUCAGUUGGUAUUAGCUUUUUCUUGGGCAAAUUAUAUGCCGUGGAUGCGGAGGAAAACGAUUUCUGUUCCCACGUAUUUAGACAGGAGCUCCUGAGGUAAGCUCCUGUCUAAUUUGCUCCUUUGUUGUCUGCUAUGUGGCGGCACACACAGCAGACCUCACCCAUAACCCCUUCCUGGGCAAGUGCGGCAGGUCGAAGGAAGCAGUCAUUUCCGAGGCGGAGUUCACAAACAGGUGAUAAUCAGAGAAGUUAUUUGCAACAAAAGCGAUCAUACACAAUUUCAGGUAAAUACAUGACUUCCUUGUUUGCACCUCUCGCACCAACACAAUAUAGUCGAGCCGAAUCUAUAGUUGCAAGUGAAGGAUACUGCCUUGAAACUCUGGCACAAAGGCUCCACGAAGUCAAAUUGUGGCAAGGUCAGGUCGAGUCUUGAGAAUUGUUUAUUGCUGAAGGAUUAAAUUUCACUUGUAAAUAAAAUACAGCAACCUUCGCAGGCAAAUCCUUCUCAUAAUGGCCCCCAGAACUAUACAGGAGAAUCUACACUAUCACACAGACAGCUGUGCCAUCCAUGGUCUGGGUACAAAACAGAUAGUUGAACCUUCAUUUUCUUCACUAAAAGGUCAUAUUUAUCUUUAAAGCAAAGGCAGAGAACUUUUUUGGGGAGUUUAUCUACCAGUCAAGCUUAAUUUGGCAUAUACCUUUUUAAGGUCCCUUUAACUCCUAAAGGUCUCUAACUCCCAAGUCAUCAGCACUGCUCACCAAACAUGGUAUCGACGUGGUCAGUAGGUUUCUUAAUCCUUUGUUGCAUGCUGUCCACUACAGUGAACAAAUUUUGGCGAUUUUUGGAGCAAGUUUAGUGCAUCGUAGAAGCUCUUGUGCAUAGUGUCAAUUUUUGUAGACGUUUUCAAUAGCUGCCCUAGAAGGUGCCACCAACCACUGUAUUUCCCCCAACUCUGCUUCAAAGAUAGCGUGUUAUUCCCACGGGUAAGUCACGCGCGUCCCCACGUUUUUACUAUUAACUCUCGUGACAUUGUGGUUUAGUACAACGAAUUAUCUACAAAGGAUAGAAUAAGCUUUCAGAGGCAAGACCUGUAAAUAUUGUGGAAGAGAAGAGGCAAGUUCUUUCUGCAGAACACACUUUAGGAAAUGUCCACUGUAGUGGUCACCAUGCACGACAGAAACAACAAAAUGCACGUGGGAGCAUUUUCUGUGCAGUGUUGUCCUUUAUCCUAUCACUUCCAAUUGGAUUACUUUUGUUCUUUGCCUCAUAUUUUCAUGUAGUAACACUUCGUGCUUUAUAUUAUUCAGCGAGUUAAUAGGAAGAAACAAAUGAAUGAGUUGCUCCAAGCUCCUGCCGCAGCAAAAUGAAGGCCACCUCCUUAGGCAAGUUUAGUUGCUGCCACGUGCGUCAUGGAAACAUCUAUCAUUUUUCCUCUCAGAAAUAAUGUACAGCACAAAUAUGCAAAAUGUCAGUUGGCAAGUGCAAAGGGACAUAUAAUUGCGCGAAAUGCAAGGUAUCAUCGGCAAAGCCCGGUGGGAGGGGGAGGGCACUAACAGGUACGUGCACCCCUCUCUUCCCCACCCCUGAAUUUCUACGUUUCAGGAUAUGUGGCAUAAAGCAAAAUGUGAAGACAGUAUCCUGCCCAUUGCACACUUGCACAUUACUGGCAAAAGUGACAGUUUUUCAUAUUUCAUAAGGCACAGUAAUGUUUUCUGCAUCUAAACUUUUCUAUUCAAGCUUACCUUUGUUAAUGUGGUGCAGAAACUUUGCCUGUUGAAGCAAAAGGCAACUGUCGGCACGUACACUCACUGGAGCUGGUACGUAUGUGGUCCACUAUAGUGGACAUUCUGUAUCUUGUGAAA